UUUCAGUGUGUCUCGUUUGGCGCUAGAGAGCAGUCAUUUUCGCCGCCAUUUUCUCUGCGACGCCAUAGUGUUACAUUUCCUUGUUUUCUUUUACAAUUUUCUUUUAAAACAACUGUUUCAACCGAUUCCAUAAGUGAAAAGAGUACCACGAUGUCCACCACCGUAGAUGAGAAUUGAAAACCGUAUACUAGAAGCCACAAUCGUACAUCAAGAAUGUCCAAAGCGAUUUUCUUGAGCCUUUAGGAGCUAGAAGGCUCUUCACAACCCUCCGGAACUAUCAAUGCUAAAUUACAGGCUUGUCUCAACGCACUUCUUGAAGCAGCCGUAGAUUGUUGAGACCGUGCGAACUUUAUCGACUGCAAGAGUCGUACCAGUAUGUGUCGGGACCGAGAUAUGACGAGGCAGAGUUGUGAAAUUAUCAAAUAGACUGUUUUGUUUGACAGUAUAGUCUGUAUUAGUAAAUAGUAUACCCGUCAAAACGGCGUUCGUUUCCGUGCUACCGUUUCGUUUUGUUUCUUUCAUUUUGUUUUACAUUAAAGGAUAAAUCAUAGGCCGGUUGUUUAGUGAUUGGUUGUGGAUCAUACGGCUGGCCCGCGUCCGGGCUUAAGAGUCGUGGCAAGUCGAAACCGGGACAACAUUUCCAGAAUUCUCAACUCCAUAGUAGGCGCUGCCAGAUACUGCAUUGUAAGUAUAACAAUGCAUGGGAACUAGAAACACAUUUCGACCGGUUACUUUUGGAAAUUGGGGAUUUAGUUUCGAGGGUAGACUUAGCAAGAUGGUACUUUUGGAAAUUCAGGGUUUCGGCCAAGCAUCCGAUCGUUCGAGCGACCGUCGCAUUGUAAUAUCAAACGGGUGGCGUGCGCAGUGCUGUGAACAGGAUCACGAGGGGAGAGAGAGGGAGGAUAUGGCUGCCCCCGAGUGUGAAAGAGAAGCCCGCAAGCGACGUGAGCGCCGGGACUCUGGUUGUGCUCACGAGCGCAAAGAAAGAAGACCACACAGCGAAGAGCGGCUUCCACCUCCGCCGCCGCCACCACCUCUACAUGAUUACAAUCGACUCGAGUCCGAACGCCGUGCAGAGAGGUUGUCUCGCGCACGUAGACCACAGUUCGGCAAAAGACGCCGCGCACCCCGUCUCCCGCGACAGCCCAAGGAAAAUGAUCGUCCAGACGACACACGAAGCGAAACACCCCCACAUUUCGAAUACGUUGUCCAACAGAAACCAGAAUUGUAUGAAGAAAUCCUACCAGCAUCCCAAACGCAGACUUACUAUUGUGAGGAACCUGGGUUUAGUAGGCGUGACGAACGCAGUGUCCCACCUCGUCGCACGCAAGCGAGCCCUGACAGACGGCUUGAGAAGAUUAACAAAAAGAUCACCGUUCUAAAAAAGACAAUUUUCAAAUACGAAAACGACUUCGAAACACAAAAUGGACGCGCAAUAUCUCCCGGCGAACGAAUGACCGAUGUUCAAUACAAUCGAAUGUUGGAGUCGCUUAGACGCCUGCAAGCAGAAAAGCGCUGCAUCAAAUCGGACCCCGUAGAGUACGCGCUGAAAGUUCAAGCAGCUAAAUUGCAAAAGGAAAGAGAUGAGAAGCUGGAUGCAGCGCUAAGAAGCGAUAAGCCAAUGGGGGAUAUUGUUAGGGACAUUGAAGAGUGGAUCGAAGGCUGUCGCCAAGCAGCGGGUAGAGCAGCCAUACCCGAGUCGUCUUGGACGUCAGCCCAGCUUGCAGCAGAAAAGGCGUGUGUUCAAAGAGCCUUGUUACGUCUAGAGGCGGCAAGAGGCAGGCCGGCAGCGAACACUGCGGAACGCGGAGCCGCCAGACAUUUAUAUGAACGAUACAGAGCUGUCAAACGGAACUUGCAAACUAGAUCUGAUAAUAUGGGAACAAAUGGUGAAUUAGCGACAAUUCAUGAACAUGAAACAAUGCUGUUCACGAGCGUUGACAGUUCCAGUGAUUCUCAGGAGAAACCAUCUGAUUCUUCACAGGAAACAACUGAAACUCCCCUUCAGUCACCCCCCAGUCGUGACAUAAUGGAGGAGAUGCCUUCUUCCACUUCUUCAGCGAAGUCAGCCACGAGUGAGGAGACUCCCUCCAAUGAGGGACUCCAUUUUCUCGGGCUUGAAGACCUGGCGCGAGCUCUAAGUGAAGCUAAAAUGCAGAAAUGCGUCCUACGUCGAACAAUAAAAGAAUAUGAGUUCAACUUUGAGGUGCAGAACAGCAGGAAAGUGCAAAGAGAUGACAAGAAGGGAAGAGAGGAAGAGUAUCAACGGUAUAAAGCAAUAAAGGCGCGUAUUAAAUUAUUAAACGCACUCAUAAAUAAGCAGAAAGCUCUUCAAAAUAUUUAAAUAAUGUAAAUAUCGUCGUUUUGAUAGCAACAAUUCUAUUCUCCUUAUAAAUAUAAUCAUUAUUGAAGAUUCAAUAGAAAAUUGUCAAUAUCAUUUCCUAAACACUGAUAGUCUAUUGCCAAUAGAUCUGUAAGAAAUUCAAAUUAAUUUGUAAUCGUCUUAUCUGUCAAAGUUUCAGUAGAAUCAAAUCAAGUGGCUAUAAAUAACACGUGUCAAUUGUCACCUCUGCCUAACGUGCCAUGCCAUGCCAUAAUAGGAAAUACUUUGAUACAAAUGGCCAUAAAUGUCAUCUCUGUAAGAAAAGAGUUUUGUGUUUGUGUUCCAAUGGAGAUCUUUGAAGCAUGUAUAUAUAUAAUCAAGCGUUAAGCAGACAAACUUUUCAGGUUACAAAGACAGUAUUUACUUAGGUUUUAACAAAUACUUAUUUUUCACAUUAAUUAUGCUUCUAACAUUACAAUAAAACAACCAGAACUCAAUAUCUUAAAGUAAAUUUAAGGUAUUUAAAUAUAUUUGUAUAUUAUAUGCCACACGACAAAAUAUCGUAUUUUAUUGUAAUUAUAAUGUUUUAUUUAUCAAUUCUUACUUUGUAAAUAAGUACAUAUGAAAUAAAUAGCUUGUAAAUUUUAGUUUUCAAGCCUAACAAUAAGCUUCUAUGAAAUAGGAGUAGGGUAAAUACCAUUUGAUCUUAGCUUAAAAAUUCUUAUUUUAUACAAAUUAUUACAUUUGUUUAUGUAAAUUGUAUGUAACAUGUGUAGCCCGAAAACUUGAUAGAUUAUUUCAUCAUACAGUUCUUUAAUUCGCCUAUAAUUUUACUGAAUCGAUUUUGCAAUCAAGCGACGACACUUAAUUUCUAGAAAUUAAUACUCACUGCUGUCAUAAGGGUGAAAAUUCUACCAAUUUUUUAAUCUUACAAAUCUAUGAAUAGAUCUUACUAACUCUAGUCAUGCUUUAACUAACUAAGAUGUGAUUGAUAUUAUAUAUUGAUAUUGCCUUUCUGUAAAACCAGCUUAAGAUGUUUUCCCCCAUAAAACGCUAUUUUAUCAGUUCUGAAACGUUUUUCAUGUGCGUUUAUAGAGUCCCUAUGAAAUUGUCUUAAUCGACGAGGUUGUACUGUUAUGAUUAACUUAAAUAUUAUUUUAUAACAUAAUAUAACUACGCAGUCCAAAUAGUAAAUUAAUCUAUACUACAAUUUUUGUUUGUACAAUUAAUAUUCUAAAAACCCUUAGUGAUAUGGUAACACAGACUAUCUACUUCAUGCUACCUUAUACCAUAGAUAAUAAAAACUAACGUCACCUUCAUUCUAAGGAGUGUGAAGAAUAAGAUAAGACCUCAAAUAAAUAGCAACCAAUUUUUGUAUACAAAUAAAUUGUCAAUGAAAAAACACCUUUAAGGUCCAUAUUUACGACGGAGAGGUAACAAAUAAAAAUAAAUUCUUAAAAUAAAGGAAAUUACAUAAAUACAAACAUGAAUUCUAUCUAAUAAAUUGCGAGUACGAGGCGUGGCUUAUAUUUUUUUAUUAAAUUAUGUAAUUUUAGUAUGUUUUCUAUAUCUUUAGGUCUAAAAUAUAGAAUCUGUUAUAAUUUGUUUUUCGCUAUAUAAAAGUGAUUCAUGGAAAAUAUUCCCCUAUUAAAGAAAUUUAACAAUAAAAAAGAAUUAUUAUAUAUAUUUCUAAGCAAUGAAAAAUGCGCGCGAUUUUAACCUGAUGUUUAGGUAAAUAUUAGAAAAGGCCACGAUUUAAUAAUGUUAUAGUUAAACGGCCUUAUAAAACGUGAACUUAAGUGGCUGUUACUAUGGCUACGGUAUCUUUAGUCCACGUAUUAUAAUUAGGCCGAAAGAGUAUAUUAAAAUUGUAAAACUGACAAACAACUCGUAUGGGAUGUGCGCAGUUCUUAUCAGCUCAGUUUUACGUCAAUACAAAUCUUGGAAAGUAACUUAACCGGACUUUUAAAUUUUCGUAGAUAGAAAUAUUUUUUAAAAAUUUGACGACAUUAUUUGGAACUAUUCAUCCCCGCGAACUUCGUUUCGCCUUUAUAUGAUUUUAGCGUAUCUUUUUAGUAGUUACAUUACAAAAGCUAUUUUUUGAUAUGCUACACGCUUGAACACUACUACUAAAUUAAACUAAAUAAAAACUUAAAGAAGGGUUUAAAAAAAAUACUCGAAUUGGCCCAGCAGUGUUUGAGUUUCACGCAUAGCCACAUAUUUUGCGAUUCAUUUUUAUUUAUAUAUAUAUAUAUAUAUUGAUUACAACAAAGAAUAAAACGUAGGAAGUGGCCAUUUAUUUACGUAAAUCUUUAACCGGACGUAUACAAUAUAACUUUACAUAAACACUGUUGAAAUUAAACUUUAUAAAGAAAGUUCUAUGAACUAUACUUUAUAGAUUUCGCAUUUUUUAAUUUCGAGUUAGUCAAAAGGGCACUGGUUCAGGGCGAUCAUAGACUAUAUGUUCCAUUUUCAUUCGAAAUAAAGCGUUAUAAAAUAAAUUAUGGCUAUACAAUCGUUUAAUUGUUUAAAUGUUACCAUAUCAAACUGUAACUUGAAACUUAUGUUCAAAAAGUAUUUUUUAAGUUUGUUAUAUUUUAUAUCUAACACGAUGUAAUAAGAAAAAGUUAUUGCCAAAUAGAGAUCAGAGUUUACCGAUAUGAAUUUUUGAUAACCCACUAUACUGAUAAUGACACACAACACUAUGACCUUAACAUUAUAUAUCUAGCAAACAUCUAAUGAUAGCAAAAUGUAAUAAAUUAAAUAACAAAGUAUAUACCUAGUUAUUUGUUUACUUAUUUGUUAUUUUAUAGCUUAAUUCUUUUAUAUAUUCACCAUGAAACGACGGCGCCAUAUUGAACAAUGUGUCUAAAAUGAUAUUUUGAAUAUCUUUCUGAAAAUAAGACUAAAUAAUGCAAUAAGUCAACAACAUAUUUUGGAAAAAUAGCUUCGGCGUCCACGUUAAUAGGUUGAAAACAUGAAAAUAUUUGCUGAUGUCGUUACAAUGCCAACGUUUUAUAACGAAAGAAAUAACGAUUAAUACUUCAUCAUAAUAAUGGGAGAAAAAACUUUACCGUAGCAUACUUUCAACAAAAUGCUACGAGAUUUCGUAGCUGAUCUACACGCCUGCAACGAAACCAGCAAUAACCAAUCGUGUUAUUUAGGGCGAGGACUUGUUUCUUAAAUAUGUAUAUAAUUCCUUUCUAACAUUCAUUUACAAUUACCUCACAGAGGUAACAUUUUCCUGCGUAUUAUUUGAGCUUAGAAAUAAGUGAUUAGCUGUGAUUUAUUAUAAAAUCCCUUGUAUGACAAGUGUAGUAGUUUUAUUUAGAUUUUAUAACGUGUUUCUUGUCCUAGACACAAAUUUAUUUCAACAAACACCUUGUAUAACUUGAAUAUUAUUUUAUAUAGAGUAUUAGUUCACUUCGAGACACAGAGAUACUAAAUAUAAAUGAAUAUUUGUAUAAAAAUCAAGCAUCGAUCAUGACAAAAUAUAAAGAUUUAAUGGAAACCCGACGAUAAAUUAUACAUGGAGUUCAGUAGCCACUGUUCAUGGCCUUUUGAAGGUUUGCUAAGAAGUUUUGUACUAUGAAUAAGAUGUAGAGUAAAUGCUUAUAUUUGUAACUGUAAGAACCGAUUUUUCUAAAACGUAGAUUAAGUAAACAUCUUUAUUAAUAACACAAUAUAGGAGUAGUGUGUAGACAUUUUGGCUAAAUGCAGAUAAUUAUACUUCUGAAAGAUCGUUUCUUACAUUGAAGUAACUUAUGUACAACCAAUCAAAAAACAGUUGUAUUCAAAUUGAUCUUACGUAAUGUUAUCGUGACAAUUAGCGUCUUUACUAUAUUAAUAUUAUUGGACGUUUUAAAUAAAGGAUGAUUUAACAAUGUUCUGUUAUAUUUUACUAUGUAUUAUCA